UAGAGUUUAUCCAGGAAUAUGCUCCCAACUUAGCUUCUCCAAUGCGUGUGCUUCUCUGCCAAGACACCAACCUUAAAUCCCACUCAUCUUCUUCAUUGUCUUGCAGCUUACAGAGCCACAGAGAUCUAGAGAGAGAGAGAGAGAGAAUGUCUACUGAAAUUAGUCCGCCAUGUCCAAUAAAGACCGUCGUCGUCCUGGUCCAGGAAAACCGAUCCUUUGAUCACAUGCUUGGAUGGAUGAAGUCCUUGAAUCCAGAGAUCAAUGGGGUCACUGGCCAGGAAUGGAACCCACUUUCCACCACCCAGCCCGACUCGGCCAAGGUCUACUUCGGGGACCAGUCCGAGUACGUCGACCCCGACCCCGGCCACUCCUUCCAGGCCAUCCGGGAGCAAGUCUUCGGCAACAACACCGAUUUCUCAGCCGAUCCGCCGCCGAUGAACGGCUUCGCCCAGCAGGCCGAGUCGAUGCAGAAGGGCAUGUCCGAGACCGUGAUGAAUGGGUUUCUUCCCAAUGCAGUACCGGUCUACAAGGCCCUCGUCUCGGAGUUUGCCGUCUGCGACCGGUGGUUCGCGUCCGUCCCGGCAUCGACGCAGCCGAACCGGUUGUACGUGCACUCGGGGACGUCGCAUGGCAUGAUGAGCAACGAGACGAAGAAGUUGGUCGAGGGCCUCCCGCAGCGAACAAUCUUCGAGUCGUUGGACGAGGCGGGAUUCGACUUCGGGAUCUACUACCAGUACCCACCCUCAACCCUCUUCUAUAGAAACCUCAGGAAAUUGAAGUACGUACCCAAGUUUCACCAGUUCGACCUAACUUUCAAGAGGCACUGCAAAGAGGGGAAGCUCCCAAACUAUGUGGUGGUUGAGCAGAGGUACUUUGAUCUCAAAUUGCUGCCUGGAAACGAUGAUCAUCCCUCUCAUGAUGUUGCGGAAGGGCAGAAAUUUGUGAAGGAAGUGUACGAGGCAUUGAGAUCCAGCCCUCAAUGGAACGAAAUCCUCUUCAUCAUCACCUAUGAUGAGCAUGGUGGCUUCUACGAUCAUGUGCCCACGCCGGUCCGGGGCGUGCCGAGCCCGGACGACAUCGUCGGGCAGGAGCCGUACAAUUUCCGGUUCGACCGGCUCGGAGUCCGCGUCCCUACCAUCAUGAUCUCCCCUUGGAUUGAGAAGGGAAUUGUUGUUCAUGGACCCACGGGGCCACAGCCUUCGUCUGAGUUCGAGCAUUCCUCCAUCCCUGCCACAGUCAAGAAGAUUUUCAAUCUCAAAGACUUCUUGACCAAGCGCGACGCCUGGGCUGGAACCUUCGACCACCUUGUUCUCACAAGAACAACUCCAAGGGAUGACUGCCCAGAAACACUUCCGGUGCCGGUAAAGCUGAGAAAGGAAGAUGCGAAAGAAGAUGCAAAGCUCAGCGAAUUCCAGCAAGAGUUGGUGCAACUGGCAGCCCAGCUGAACGGCGACCAUAAGAAGGACACUUAUCCGGACAAGUUGGUGGAGGACAUGACCGUUGGUCAGGCCGUAGAGUAUGUCCAAGGAGCCAUGAAGGUGUUCCUGGACGCCUAUGAUCAAUGCCGGAAAAAUGGGAUGCACGAAUCGGAGAUCGUCACCGUCCACGUUCUCAAGAAGCCAAAAUCCAAGACCUUCAUCAACAAAGUGUUUGCUUGUUUUGUGUGCAACAAUUCUUAGUUGCUCGGUUUCUUAUUAAUUUGUAGCAUCUACUGUUUCCUUCCCGUCGUUGCACUGUGUUGUAUCAAAAAUGGUAUUUGUUGAACUGAAUCAUGUUAAUGUGUAAUAAAUCACAAUAUACUGCCUCUGUAAUUGCCAUCAAUGAAUGAUGGGACAUUAAGUCGCAUGAUAUAUUGUAUCUGUGGAAUAUCUGCAAACCCGUU